GCUACUGAAGGACUGACAGAUGACCUCUGACACGAAAGAAGACUUGGACCUGUCAGAGGAUGACUUUGAUGAGGAUGAGGCAACACAAUAUAUCAUUGAACAAAGCCUGAUUCAAUACCGGAAACUAAAAGGACUCAAUCCAAGUGACGGGGAUCUAAGUGACAAUCCAGAUGAGAUUUUUAAGGCAAUCAAGGAAGGUGAUGUGGAUUUGAUCAACACUCUGGCCGAACAGUCGGAGUCUUUGUCCCGAGUCAAUGAACAUGGAUGGAUUCCUCUGCAUGAAGCUGCGGUGCAUGGAAACAAAGACGUCCUGGAGAUUAUCUUCUCAGCUUCGCCACCGGGAGCAGCUCAGUGUCGCACACUGAAGGGGGAGACACCGUUGUUUCUAGCUGUGGUUUACGGACGGAGAGAGAAUGCAACCUUCCUCUUGCAAAAUGGCAGCAGCCCUGAUCUUCAGAAUGAUGAGCAGGACUCACCCCUGGUUGCGGCCAUUUUGAACGACCAGUACGACCUGGCGACGCUGUUACUGCGAUAUAACGCAGAGGUGGAUCAGAUCGGCCCAUUGCAGAGGACAGCCUUGCAUGAGUGUGCCUUUUUAGGCUUGGAGAAUUUCGUCUACCUGCUCUUAGAGUCUGGCGCCAGCCCGAAUGCAACUGACAUUAAAAGGAAAACUCCAUUGGCUCUGGCUGCACAGAACGGUCACCUGAAUGUUGUUGAGGUUCUGUUAAGCAAAGGGGCUAAAGUUGACUGCGAAUCGGACUCUGGCACUGUCCUGUUUGACGCAGCAGCUUCUGGAAAUCCUGAUGUCAUAUCUCUGCUGCUGGAUCACGGGGCAGACCCCAAUAUUCCUCUAUACAGCGGGCACUUACCGAUUCACCGUGUGGCAUACCAUGGGCAUAUACUGGCCUUGGAACACCUUGUCCCGGUCACAAAUCUCAGCGCAGUGAAGGACAGUGGAAUGAGUCCUCUUCAUUCGGCGGCAGCAGGAGGACAUGCCAACUGCGUGGAGCUGCUGCUGAAAGCUGGCUACGAUCCAAACUUUAUGCUGCACCCAAGGGUGCGUCGCAACUACGACGAUCAGCGGCGGUCCGCUCUUUUCUUCGCCGUGUCCAACAACGACUUGCAGUGCAGCCGCUUGCUGCUAGAGGGCGGGGCGAUGGUGAACCAGGACCCCAUCAGCUGCCUACAGUUGGCUCUCAGACAGGGGAACUAUGAAUUGAUCAACACCCUGCUGAAGUUUGGGGCGAAUGUCAACUACUACUCCCGUGUCAACACCACUCACUUCCCCUCUGCGAUACAGCAUGCAUUAAAAGACGAAGUCAUGCUGAGGAUGAUCCUGAAUCACGGCUAUGAUGUCAAGCGCUGCUUUGACUGCCCAUAUGGCAACAAUUCACACGACUAUGCCCCCUGGACCACCACGGUCAUCAAAGAUAUGGUGUUCUGUGAGGUGAUAUCCGUGGCCUGGCUUCAACACCUGUCUGCUCAGGUCGUACGCAUCAUGUUGGACUACACCGACCACGUCAAGUUCUGCACGAAACUGAAGGAGACAUUAAAAGAUCAGAAACAGUGGCUGGAGAUAUGUCAAAUACAGCAGAAUGCUCGGAGCCUGAAACAUUUGUGCAGACUCCGAAUAAGGGACCACCUUAAUGGCCUGAGGUUGAGAGCACCUCUCUUCAUCAACUUCCUUCCUCUUCCUCCCAGACUGAAGGGUUACCUUCGCUUCAAGGAGUAUGAUAUCUACAACAGAGGGAGCAUUUUUCCCUGUUCAUGA